CAGACUAACCUCUUCCGGUUCCGGUCAGCGCUGUUUGUUGUGAGUUGAUGUUAAACUCGUUUUUUCGCCUCAACUUUAGUUUUGGUUCGUUUUGAUAAAGAGACGAAGCUGAUGCUCCGGGGGGGGGGGCGGUGUGAGCUGGUGUUAGCCGGUGUUAGCCGGUGUGAGCUGCGGUGAGCUGGUGUUAGCCGGUGUUAGCCGGUGUUAGCUACGGGUAGCGGGUCUUAGCCGGGGUCAGCGGGCAGGAUGAGCUCCUUCGUGGCCCUACACACUCAGCUGGCCACCGUCAUGGAGUCUUUGGUUCACGCUGCGGUGGCGGAGCUCAAGAAGCUGGUGGAGAACAGCUCGACCUUCCUGGAGCUCCGGACCGAAGAGGAGCUGCCUCUGCCGGCCAAAGUUUCAUCAGAGAGCAGGGAGAAGACGGUGCUGUUUGCCUCCAUCAUGGAGACCCUGGGGAACGAGGCUCUGGGGAAAAUUAUGAACAUCGUGGAUGAAGCCGAGCUGGUGUCCGGACGGAGUGGGAAGAGACCACAGACCAGCGUCCUCAACAUCCUAAACAACGCACAAGUCGAGCUGGAACACUCGUACGGCGUCCGAUUGCAGAGCUGCGACACGGACAGGUCGCCACAGACGUCGCUGCUGACCAAACCAGAGAAGGAGACGGUGGAGGUUCCGUUUGUGUCGGCGGUGACAGUCAAAGACGAACGUGGAAACAUCGACCUAGGAGCCAUCGCUGAGAGAGCUCAUGAUGAAGCUCAACCUCUUCUAAUCGACCGGCAGGAGAAAAUUUCCGCUUCCCCUGAGUUUGUUCUUGAGAGCGUCACCUGGAAGUACUUCAUAUGCACGCUGUGCGGCAAAUCCUUCACGUCUCAGAGCAACCUUAAGAGCCACCAGCGCAUCCACACCGGGGAGAAGCCGUUCUCCUGCAGCAUCUGCGGCAGAGCGUUCCGUCAAAGGCAGAGCAUGCAGAGCCACACGCGCAUGCACACGGGUGAGCGGCCGUACAAGUGUCCCGAGUGCGAGAAGUGUUUCACCAAACAGGCGCAGCUGAAGACGCACUCCAUCAUCCACACUGGGGAGAAGCCGCACGGCUGUGAGGUGUGUGGCAGCCGCUUCAGCCUGCUGCAGAACCUGCACCGCCACGAGCUCACGCACACGGGCAAGAAGCUCUUCGUCUGCAAUGUGUGCGGAAAAGGUUUCACCCGUUCCGUCACGCUUAAGACUCAUGAACUCAUCCACACGGGACAGAAACCCUUCAAAUGCGAGGAGUGUCCCAAGACCUUUCGCCACGCAGUCAACCUCAAGAACCACCAGAGGAUCCACAGCGGCGUGCGGCCCUUCAGCUGCGACCUCUGUGGGAAGAGCUUCCGCCAGUCAGUGAACCUGAAGAUCCACCGCAGGAUCCACACCGGCGAGCGACCGUUUAGCUGCCAGGAGUGCGGCAAGACGUUCAGCCAGCAAAGCAGCCUGAUCUCACACGGCCGCACACACUCAGCCGAGAAGCCGUUCGCCUGCAGCUCCUGCGACAAGAAGUUUAACAACGCCAACAGCCUGAAGCUGCACGAGCGCAUCCACACGGGGGAGAAACCGUACACCUGCGACAUCUGCGGCAAGACCUUCAGUCAGGGAAGUCAUCUGAGGACUCACAAGAGACACGUCCACGCUGGCGGCAAACAAUUCAUCUGCGACAAAUGCGGGAAGAGAUACUCAGAUCAACGCAACCUGAAGUUGCACAAGUGCAGCUACGCGUGAACAAGAUGACGCAGGGAUUUAAAAUGAAAUGUAUUAAAGUUCUGGACAUUCAGGGAUUAAAACUCAGUUUGAAUUUUAUUUUACUUAUGAAACAAACUUGAAAGUUUUUUUUUAAAGAAGAAAAUUAUUUAUUCAGUGGUGAGGGGGGGUAAAGUUUUAACCAAUCAGAUGUCAUAUGUGUUGAUAUGUGCUGGGCUUUGAACAGGCGUUUAAGUGAUUCAUUUAAAAAACUACAUUACCCAUGAGCCUCUUCUCACAGCAGUGCACAAUCUUUGACCUUUGAUAUUUAGAGGUGAGAGAGGACUGAAAGUAUGAGGUGUGACUGUCUACGUGGACGCUAAAUACUUUAUGGACGAUGGCAAGCAAUAGGGUAACGGCUGCUCAGUUAUACAACGGAGCAAAACACCCGGUUACAGAUCCCUCAUGUUUUUAUGAGAAGUGUCAAAGUGUUUUUGUUCAUUAUGAAACUGACGAGACAAAUUAGAAAAUGCCACAGUGGAUAUAAUGAAUGAAACUCGGGUUUAGGGCUUCAGCCUCGGUGCAGGGAUGAGCUUUCACAGCGCCCCCUAGUGGAUGUUCCGAAUGAUUGGACCAGACGAGGACACCUGCCUGAAAUAAGCCCGGCCCAGUGAAACACUGUUCUCUGAUUGGUUGAAAACAUUAGUACAAAUGAUGUUGCUCAAUGCGUCUGUAAAUAUUCACAUUGUAGGAUUUUUAUAAUAUUUUCGAAUUUUGUAAAAAAUAAUAAAUGUUAAAGUUCUGUUGCAA